CCACCAUAAACUUAGACGAAACAAAUUGUACUGUAAAGUCUUGGCGUGUAACAUUAUCCAACUGUCUCCUGAUAAAGUAUUUCCUGAUUGGUUUCAUCAUUUCAGUGUGAUGAUAUCCUCUUCAACUGCCUGUAAAACGUUGUUCAAUUGGGAAAUAGCGGCUGUACAGGUUAGCUAGAAUAGUUGUCGCUAGCAAGUAGGCUAAGUUCACCGUCAAACAUGGCUAGUCUCCAGAAACUGCUGCGUUCAUAUAUGGUUUGUGUGUAAGUUACUCUAAAGGGAUAAAACGUGUCUUUUCGAGUCACGUCUUUUUUCGAGCUUACAGGGGAAAAUAAUGGCAUUGUCACUAGAGGCUCAACUUCAGGUUCGGUCCAUUUCUGGGUUAGAAUUUGAAGACUGAACCAAAAUAAUGACAGAGAGAGUCAACAACUUCCCACCUUUACCUCAGUUUUUUCGCAUAAAGCCUUGCUUUUAUCAGGAUGUGGAAGAGGAGAUUCCACCACCACACCGUCAGUUAGUCCGCAGAGUGUACAACCUGUGGAUAUUGUACUCUAUCACACUUUGUGUGAAUGUAGUGUCCUGCAUCGCGUGGUGGGCAGGAGGGGGCAGCGGGGUCAACUUUGGCCUCGCACUCCUCUGGCUCGUGCUCUUCGGCCCCUGCAGCUACACCUGCUGGUUUAGGCCGCUCUACAAAGCUUUCCGGGCUGACAGCUCCUUCAACUUCAUGGUGUUCUUCUUCAUCUUCUUCCUUCAGUGUGUCCUUUCACUCAUUCAGACCAUUGGAUUAUCAGGGUGGGGAGCCUGUGGUUGGAUAGCCACAGUGUUUUUCUUCAGCUAUAAUGUGGGCUCGGCUGUGAUCAUGCUGUUCUCAGCAAUUCUCUUUACUGUCGUUACUGUCCUCAUGGGACUGGUGCUGAUCCGGGUCCACCGGAUGUACCGUGGGGGAGGGGGCAGCAUGGCCCGUGCCCAGGAGGAGUGGAGCUCUGGGGCCUGGAAGUCUGCCCCUGUCAGAGAAGUGGGCUUUAAUGCCAUCGCCUCUGAGUCAGGCCCAAGCCUACCUCAGUAUCCCACUUCUGUGCCAAGCUACCCGGAUAGCACACCAUGGUGAUGACCUAUGUUGGACACUAGAUGGCGCCCUUGCUAAUGCGCCAGUUCUCGCACAUCUCUCCCUUGCAUGGUCGGCAUGGGGAGAGUCAAGUCUUGCUAACAUCUUAAAUCAUCAUGUUUACAUAGAAUGCCUUACUGGAUUGACUGGAUAGCAUUGUUGUUUCAGUUAGCCCUAUCCUUGAUGAAGUACUGGAAUAUUGAUAGUAACAAAACAAAACUGGACAGCACAGUUUGAGAUUACAGGUAUCAAUAUAUAACAUUUCAUGUUGUAAUAAUUAUAUUACUCCUGUCAUUUACCCAUCAGUAAUGACAGUCUUUAGUUUGAAUUAAUGUAGAAUAAGUCUGGUUAAAUACCUCUGUGAUAUUUCUCUCAAAGAAAUAAGAUAGGUAAAUUUGAUGACCUUCAGUAAUAUAUGCAUAUCUUGGAUGAAAUGAAUGGCAUGCAUGUCUGAAGAGGGAUGAUGAAUAGGCUGGCUUUAAUGCAAAAGGCAAUGAACUCUUGCCAUUUACCAGCUGUGAGAAUUUCAAAAUUAGAUGAGAGAAUGGGUUAUUUUGUGUUUAUACCGAUGUUGGGGUAAAAGCAUCUUAAGUAUGUCAUCUAAAAGCAGCUUGAGAGUGACUUUUGUCACUGCAUUGACAGAUCAUGGUAGCCAAGCUUGGCCUUAUUUCUAUUUGCUAAACUGCAGAGCUAGAAAAUGAUUUGCUUCACUGUUGCCUCCUUAGCUAAAAGCCACGUGCCUGACCAUGCUUAUGUCCCCUUGUUCUGUAGUGUCCAUUACCAGCUUUCUACAUUUUUGCCACAUGCACAUGUUCAUUUAGUCUCUGUCAUAGCUUUAUAUGGUAUGGCAGUUCUGUGAGAAGUGUUCUUGCACACUCUGUUGUGUGUGUGUCUGUGUGUUUUAUCCAUUUUCAUUUCAUAGUAUUGUGUUUACAGAGUGGCUCCAGCAUCAGCCACACAUUUUUAAAUAUAACCUUUUUAUUUGCAUUUUUUUGUGGUUUGCUAAAUUAAGAUUUUCCAGGGCAGUUUAAUACAUUUUUCACUUGUCUCUUAACAUGUGAUAAUCAGAAUUUGAUGUGUAAUGAGAUUGCAAUUUUUCCCUGCAAUGACUUGACUAACGAAUGAUAUUUCAAUAAACAUUCCUUUUCAAAUCAAA